AGGCCCUGGAUCUGGGGUGCUACGGGAGCCGAUGCGUUGAGGUCCCGGAGGCUCCCUGAGCAAGGUCUCCAUGGCAGCGCUGACCGCAUCCGCGCCCCCCACGCCCGGCCACGGCCCCGUGGACCGCGCGCGGAGACCGAGCGGUCGCGGCUGGCAGCUCGUCGAGGUCAGCGCCGGGCAGGCGUCGAGCGUGCUGUCGAAGUCCCGGUCCGUGCCCGUGUCGCCGAACAUCCCGCUCCUGAGGAGCCCCUCCACCGGGCCCGCCCUGCCGCCGGGGCAGCCCGACGUGGGGGCGGCCUGGGGCGGCCGAAGACCCUCUGGGGCGCGGGAGGCCGCGGCAUCGGCAUCCCCGCUGGUCGCCUACGCGCCGCCUCCCAGGGUUGGCGGGCGGUGGGCGGACCUCGUCCCCUCGCAGAGGGGCACCCCGACCAUGCCCCUGCUGCCGCCGCCCGCCGAGGGCCUCGGGCGGGAGGAGUGGCCGCUGCCCGGCGCCGGCGCCCCGGCGGCGGCGUCGUGGCGCGGCGCCGGGACGGGAGCGCCCGUCGAGGAUGGGGGCGACCUCGGGCAGAGAGCGCAGGACGAGCCUUUCAACCCCGAGGAUUUCCGGCCGGAGUACUUCUCCGGGGACUGGCUGGACAACCUCGGGCACCAGAUCUCGGUCAUGCCCCUCGAGCAGCGGGGCGGUGGCCGGCGGGGCCGCCGGGACCGAGACGGCGGGCGCAAGAAGGAGCCCGAGCGGGUGGCCUUCCUUGCAGUGCUGUCGAAGCCCGGCGUGCCGGACAAGCGCUUCACCAUCGCCAAGGACCGAAGCAGGAAGGAGUGGACCUGCGGCAACGGCACCCUCAUGCGCGAGGAGAGCGGCGUCGAGGUCCUCCACUGGCAGGCCGGGGACGGGCGGGUCAGCACCUGGUCCCGCGAGGGCUGCGUCUACUUCGACGCCCCCCCGGGCGAGCAGGGCAUGCCCGAGGGGGGCAUGAUGGCCGACCAGCACCAGAGCUGGACGAUGCCGAUGAUCUUCACGCUGGUGCCGAGCGAGGCCCCUGGGGCGCGGCGCGCUCUCAAGCCGCAGCGUCUCGAGCCAGAAC